AUGUCGCCGCGGGUCAGUCACGGGGCAGCGCGAACCUCUUCCAGAACCAGUGUGCCGCCCACACGCCCUCCAUGGCCUCCAGCGGCACCCCCUUCGUCUCCGGCAGGAACGCCGCCACAAAGGCCGUCAUCACGGCGAUCCAACCGGCGAAGAAGAGGAAGAGCCCGUACUUCAUCCAGCACAGCGCCGCCAGAAAGACCUGCGCUUGCACGAAGCAGACGCCGAGGUUGAGGGCGAUGACGAUCGCCUGCCCCGCCGAGCGAACCUCCUCGGGGAAGAUCUCGCAUGGCACCAGCCAACUCAGCGGGCCCCACGACCACCCAUAGCCGGCGCUGUAGAUACACGUCAGCAGCAGCACCGCCAGUGCGCCGCUGUCGCCCCCGGCCGUCGCCGCCAUCACACACCCCACUGCCACCUUCAACCCAAAAGAUAUCCCCACAGAUUAUAUAAAGAACGGCCCCAUAGAUUGAUUGACUGAUUAUAUAAAGAGACCGAGAAUAUGGAUAAGUUGUUGCACCAGGCAGAUGAACAUCUGGCCGCCGCCCUGUAUGAAGAGCACCCUCCGGCCGUAACGGUCGACGAUGACGGUUGACACGAGGAUUGACACCAGGUUGAUGGCGGCGAGGACCACCGCCGCCAUCAGGGAGGAGCCGUCGGCAAAUCCGACGGUCUGGAACAUCACCGGCGCGUAGAAGGCGACCACGUUGAUCCCGGUCAUCUGCUGGAAGAAGGAUAUCAAUACUCCGGUUAUCAAGUAGUGACGGUACCGCCGGGAGAGCACCCGCCGGAAGGCGCCGCCGCCGCCUUCCUCGCCGUGUUUCCGCUGCCGCGCCUCCAGGUGGUAAAGGAUGUCUUCCAGCUCCGCAUCCACGUCGGCGUGCGCACCCCGCGCUUGGAGGAGGGCUUCUCGUGCGCUGUCGAGACGACCGCGUGCUACAAGGCUGCUGGGGGUGUCGGAGAUUACGACGGCGCCGACGAGGAAGAUGACGGCGGGGGCGGCAGCGAGGCCGAGGGCCAGCCGCCAUCCCCACUCACCAGUGACCCGGUUGGCGGCGUAGUUGACCAGGUUGGCGGUGAGGACGCCGAGGCCGACGGACAGCUGGAAAGCGGCGACGAGGGCGCCGCGCCAUCUCGCGGGCGCCAUCUCCACUAUGUACACCGGCGUAGCCUGGAAUGACAACCGAAACUCAUUUCUCCAUUUUGCCUCACGAAUCCCUGGCUACUUUACGGACUGUCCAAUCAAGAUGGCUUACCACAUGGAAACCAGUUUUUAUAUUCGUAAGCGGGGGGGUGAAAACAUUAUUGGAGUCAAUAAUUAAAUGGCAGGUUUAGACUAAUAUGAACUUGAUUCCAAGAGGGCCAAUGGGAGGACCUGAUUGGCGAACCCAACGCCGAAGCCGAGGAGAAAUCGCCCGGCGAUGAGCAUCACAACGUUGGCGGCGCUGGCGUUGAUGGCGGCGCCUGUGAGGUAGAGGGCUCCGGCGGUGACCAUGACGACCCUCCUGCCGGCGAUCGCCGUUAAACGGCCGGCGAUCAGGGACGAGAACAGGGCGGCGAGGUACAAGGACGAAGUGAAGGCAGUGAGGAUCUGACUGUUGUAGACGCAGUACUCAUCGGACGACGCCGUCGACGCCGUCGCGCUGAGGAUGUAGGGGAAGAACUUUCGGAGAAAAGACUUCAUUGUCGUCAACCCACCUGGAAAUCACCGCCGGCGAUGGCGUCAAUUAGGUUUUCCAGACUGAAAUUGGAAGCUCUCCGGACGAAGAUGAUGUGGGGGGGAGUAGCUGACCUGAGAUGCCCAUGUCGUAGCCGAAGAUGAGGCCGCCCGAGGCCGCAAUGAGGCACGUGACCACCGUCGACGCCGUCAUCGUUCCUCCGCCGUAGUCCGCCGUCAGGCUGGCGGCGGCGAAGCCUCCACCGGCCAUCCGCUGCGGCAGGAGAGUUCUGGGGUCUCGCAGAUGCCGAUAGUGUGGGAAAGGGUCAAAUGCAGGGGAGAGCGGAAGAAGAAAGUGAGACUACAAUGAAACCCUUCAGUGCCGAAGUAGAUCCAGGAAGGAUGGGGGUGUAGGUAGGGAGAAAGAGCCAAACUCCCCCACCUAACCCCCUCUCUCUCUCUCUCUACCCAUAUAUAUAUAUAUAUGACUUUCUUAAGAAAAAUGAAACUUUCACCUCAUUUGAUGGUAGAUCAAUUUAUCUUUUGACUUCCUAACCAAAAUCUCUCCUUCAACAUGGGAGAAAAAACCUAAUGAGUCAUCUAAGAGCACCCUUAUGGAUGGAACAACCCAAUAUAGCAAGCAAAGUCCUAUGUGAUCAAGAGUUAAUAGUAGAUAUUCCUAAUGUAUAAUAUUUCACCAAGACUUAUAAGUCAUAUAUCUAAUAAUGAAUGAUGUACCAUGAGAUUUUUAUUAUUGUGGGUUGAUAGUUUGAAGCAAAAGAAUCUAAUUGUGAACUAAUUUCAUCCAUUCUUCAUAGUACAUCAAAUAGACUAGUGACAUAGUUACAGCUUUGCUUCAUCAAAUUUGAGGAAUAAGGGUUAAGUUAAUGUGACCCCAACUUUACGUAUAACCUGUAUUGUUGUGAAUAUUUUAGGAACAUAUUAUAAGACUCUAUGAUUAUGAGGGACUUAACAAAAAUGAUAAAAGCUAAGGAGUUCUAUAGAAAAAGGGGGGGUGGGGGAUUUCCUUUCUCCUCUCUACUGAAGCUCCCACUCUCUAUGUUUCCCUCAUCAACAUCUCUCAUCUAUUCCUCCUAUAUAUCUUCCUCCUUUACUCUUCACCUCUCAUUUUCAUCAUGAUAUAACAUGGUAGAAAAUUAAACUGAACAACAUAUGUCCUUGCUAGCAAAUGAUUAGGAGUUAUGUCAAGUGGAUAAUUUGUGGUGCACUUAUUGCAAUAUCUACUCAUCCUAGUGAUAUUAUAAUCUUCAAAAAAUAUGUAAAAUGUCAACUUCUUGUGGUUAGAUCAACGUUAGUAGUGCAACCUUCAUCUCACUCAAGUAGUUGUAAAACAUCGCAAAGUUAUGAUUGUUAUGACUUGCAUGGGCAGCCUUCUAAGGCUUGUGGUCGUGGGCUCAUUUGGGGAUGGAGGUAGAUCGUCGAGGGAUUCAAAAUAAUUUAAAAGUGAUUUAUAUUCUUUGAUUGGAUAAUUCUCAAUAGAUUAAUUACAGCUCCAAAAAUUUAGACCUAGUUUUCAGGUAUCAUAUGAUGGCCAUUCUACAAAGGUCUCUUUAGCACAAUCUUCCACAACUACACCUUAGAGGAACUUAGCUCAAAAAACUAUUGAAGGUCACACUCUUGUCCUUACUUACAUUGAAUCUUUCCCUUGGAUAAUUAAUUUUGAGGCAACUAGUCAUGUUAUUGACACUUCAAAGUUUUCUAUUAUACUCCAUAUUCUAGCCACGAUAAAGUAUCACUUGUUUAUGGUUCAUUUACUCUUAUCACUAGUAAUUCGACUAUAAGUUCUAGCUUAGUAGUGUCCUUAUCAUCAAUCUGUGUUCCUUAUUUUCUAAUUAAUUUAUUCUCUUAGUUCUACCACUAAUGAUUUUUAAUUGUAUAGCAAUCUUCUAUAGAACCCACUACAUCUUUCAAGAGCUCAAGACUAGGAAGAAAUUUAAGACUAAUAUAAUGUGUAACGGGCUCUAUUACUUAGACAAUGAGUGAAUUAAGAACCAUGUUGAGAUUAAUCUAGUAGUUUCUUCAUUUAAUCAAUAUAAAGUUUUUUUAGUAAACAUCAAAAGUUAUACACAAAUGUAUGGCAAGGACAAUGAAGAAAUAUUUGUUCUAGUUGCUAAGAUGAAUUCAGCAAGAUUCCUUAUAUCACCUACUACUAACAAUGGAUAAAAUAAAUUUAAACUUGAUGUAAAAAAUACAUUGCUUCAUGGAAACAAUUUGAAAAUUAUACAUUGCUUACAAGAUGAGAUACAUAAGGAGAUCUCACCUAGAUUUGCUACUAUCAAAACAACUUGAAAGUUAUGUCAUUUAAGACAAUCCAUUUAUGGUCUUAAACAAUCUACUCGAUCAUGGUUUGAUUGUUUUAAGAAAAUUAUCUUUGAUAUGGAAUAUAAGUAAAGUAUUGUUGAUCAUCCUCUCUUCUUUCAACAUAAUUUGAAUAUGAUCAUAGUUUUAAUCAUAUAUGUUGAUGACAUUUUCAUAACUUGACAUAAUAUUGGAGAAAAUAAUCAAUUAAAGAUCUAGUUGGCCCAAACUUUUGAAGUGAAAGACCUUGGUCAACUAAGAUAUUUUCUUAGAAUUGAAGUCACUCUAUCUCCUAAAGGUAUUUUUCUCUCUCAUAAAAAAUACACUUCAGAACUUCUCAUGGAAAUUGACAUGUUGAGCUGUAGAUUAGUCAACACUCCUAGAGAGCAAUUCAUCAUUUACCAAUUGAUAUGGGAUAACAUGUUGAUAAAUUGUAAUGUCAACAAUUCUUGGGAUAGUUGAUAUACUUUUCACAUACUCAUCCAAAUAUUGCUUAUGUUGUGAGCAUGGCUAGCUAAUUUAUGAAGGACUCUUACUCUACUCACAUGAAUGUCAUAAUCCAUAUAAUUUGAUAUUUCAAAAGAUGCCCUGGUCAUGGUCUUCUAUACUCUGCUCAUGAAAAUGUUCAAAUAUGUUGUUAUAUUAAUGUACAAUAAACUGAAUCUAUAGAUGAUGUACACUUUACUAUAGGAUAUUGUGCAUUUAUUGAUGAAAAUAUUUUUAUAUCAAGAAGUAAGAAACAAAGUAUGAUUGUGCAUUCCACAAUUUAAGUAAAGUUCAUAAUAGUGAUUUAAGGUACCUAUGACAUUUUAUGAUUACAAAUUUUACUAUUACAAUUGGGCUUUCUAAGUUUUCUUCUCGUAAAAUACAUUGUGACAAUAAGACAACAAUUAAUAUUCUCUAUAAUUAUGUUUGGCAUGAUCCGAAAAAUAUAUAGAGAUUGAUAGAAAUUUUAUAAAAGAAAAAUAUUCUAGCACUAUUGAUUAUCGUAUGUGAGCACAACAAAUCAACUAGCAGAUAUACUAAUGAAGGACUUGAGUUCUCAAUAUUUAUUAUUCAUUAAUAAUAAACUACGUUUAUACUCAAUCUUUAGAUCAAUGUCAAAAAUCACAUAGAAGAACUUUCGCUCUGUUUUUCUUCCUUCUCAUUCAUUCCUUUUGGUUUAAUGCACUAAGCUGUAUGUUUAUUAUUCUUAUUUUCUAUUUUGAUUUCAAUUUGAUUAUUCAUUACAGUUCAGCCUGAAAAGAGAGUAUUGGGUAUAUUGUUGAGAGUAUUUUGAUAACACAUUGUAACUCUCUCCUAUUAUAAGAGAGAAUUGAUGAAAAGCAAAAACUUGAGGACUUCCACUAAAGAGAGUAGGGAAUUUCCUUUCUCCUCUCUACUAACAAAAGCUUUCCUUCUCUCUCAUGAACUUCUCCUCCCCUCCCUCUCUCUCUCUCUCUCUUUACAUCAUGAAGAUCUCUCAUCAAUUCCUCUAUAUAUCCUUCCUCCCUCUCCACUCUUCCCUUCUCAUUUUCAUUGUCGUAGAAAUAGAAAUACCAUAUUCAAAGUAGAAAAUCCAUAAAACAAAAAUCUCAUAGAAGAUUUGAUAUUUGUAAGAUUCUUACCAAUUAGGCAGAUUUUAGAGAAACCAAAACACUAACCACUAAGUGGCAAAGAACGCUAUUAGCUAGUUCUUCAUGAAUAAGCAUCAUAUUCUUGCAUGUAUAAAGUUUACUAACUUGAAAAUGACCUUAAUAUUUACGCUAAUAUUUCUUUUUAGAAUUCACCAACUAAUUAUAAUUUUUUUAACUUGUCUAGUGGGGAGGACUCUCAAGGCAAAGUAUACAAGAAAUUACGUUGACUUCAUACACCACAGAGGUUGACUUAAGUCUACAUUCAUGAGCCGAAGAUAGAAGCCCCUUCAUUGCAAACCUUUAUCUCAAUGCCUACUAUAAUACUUGGCUAUCACAAAUUAUUUGUGAUAUUAAUUACUUUUAUUGUGAUAUGACAGAAAUUCGGAGGCACUAUCUAAAUAUUUCCAAUCUCUACAAAUCAUGCACUAACUAUGAACUAUCGUAUAUCAUGUGGUUGUAUACAGUUUAUGAUGGCACUAGAAUUUGCCAGUUAUGCAGAUUUAGUAGAUACCUUUUUGGGGGGCCUGCAAUCCUCACAUGCCGAAAACAUAGAGGAGGCUAUGCAGAGGAUUUCACCGUCGGCGAGCUUUCCGGCCCGGCGAACCGCUUCCAGUACCAGUGCGCCGCCCACAUUCCCUCCAUGGCCUCCAGAGGCACCCCCUUCGUCUCCGGCAGGAACGCCGCCACGAAGGCCGUCAUCACGGCGAUCCAACCGGCGUAGAAGACGAAGACGCCGUACUUCAUCCAGCACAGCGCCGCCAGGAAGGCCUGCGCUUGCGCGAAGCUGACGGCGAGGUUGACGGCGACGGACACCGCUUGCCCCGCCGAUCGGAUCUCCACGGGGAAGAUCUCGCUCGGCACCAGCCAGCUCAGCGGCCCCCACGACCAUCCGAAUCCGGCGGCGUACACGCACAUCAGCACCAGCACCGCCAGUGCCCCGCCGCGUGGUAGCUGAGCACCGCCGUCGCUGCCCACUAUCACCCCCAGCACGCACGUCACCGCCACCUUCAACAACGGACGCCCACGGCGGCGCCGUUAGGUUAGACGGAAAUCUGGGCAGGGGGGCUUUUGAGCUAGAGCGAGGGGGAGAGAGAGAGAGAGAGAGAGAGAGAGAGAGAGAGAGGGAGGGAGAGAGGCUGCUAUUACCUGGCAGAGGAACAUCUGGACGCCGCCCUGCAUGAAGAGCACCCUCCGACCGUGACGGUCGACGAUGAAAGUUGACACGAGAGUAGACCCCAGGUUGAUGGCGGCGAGGAUCACCGACCCAAGAACUGCGGAGCUACCCUCGAAUCCGACGGCCUGGAAGAGCACGGGAGCGUAGAAGGCGAUCACGUUGAUCCCAGUCAUCUGCUGGAAGAAGGGUAUCGCCACCGCCAUCACGAGGUGGUGGCGGUAGCGCCGCCGCAGCAGUUGCCGGAAGGGGCUGCUACCGCCGUCCUCCGACGGCCUCGAGACCUUGAGGUGUCGGAGGAUGCCGUCCAGCUCGGCGUCCACGUCGGCGUUGGGGCCUCUUACGUGGCGGAGGGCCCUGCGUGCGGCGUCGAUGCGGCCGCGGGCGGCGAGGCUGCUGGGAGUGUCGGAGACGAUGGCGGCGCCCACGAGGAAGACCACUGCGGGAGCUCCGGCGAGGCCGAGGGCCAGCCGCCAUCCCCAGUGGCCAUUGACCCGGAUGACGGCGUAGCUCACGAGGUUAGCAGCGAGCACACCGACGCCCAGGCACAGCUGGAAUCCGGUGUUGAACGCCCCGCGCCACCUCGCCGGCGCCAUCUCCGACAAGUACACCGGCGUAGCCUGUGCACCACACCGGCGUUAACAUGUUUCCUUUUACACUCAUUUGACCAACUGUAGAAAUCUCCUCUCUCUCUCUCUCUCUCUCUCUCUCUCUCUCCCCUCUCUCUCUCCCCUCUCUCUCCCUCUCCUCUCUCUCCCCAUCUCCACCUCUCUCUCUCUCUCUCUCUCUCCCUCUCUCUAUAUAUAUUAUACAAUAUUAUAAUAUAUAUAUAUAUAUCUCUCCCUCCAUCUCACUAUAGUAUAGUGCCUUGUCAGAAUUUCAAAAGAUGCGGGAUUCACUUUUCACUACACUCUCUAUCUGUGGGAGGAGUUACUUUUCUGGGCACUCACCUGAUUAGCGAAGCCGACGCCGAAUCCGAGGAGAAUCCGGCCGGCGAUCAACAUCUCGAAGUUGGCGGCGCCGGCGUUGAUGGCGGCGCCGCCAAGGAACAAGGCGCCACCGGAGAUCAUCAGAGCUCGCCGGCCGACGGCCGCCGUGAGACGGCCGCCGACGAGGGACGCCACCAGGCCGGCGAUGUAUAGGGAGGAGGUGAACGCCGUCAGGGACUGGCUGUUGUAGAUGCAGUACCUGUCAGGCCGCGCCGCAGCCAUCCGCCGGAGGACCUUGGGAAAGAACUUCUCGAGGAAGGGCCCCAUCGUCGUCACCCCACCUGGUCCACGGCGGCGCCGCCGGCGUCAGUUUAUUGCCGAGACGUAA